AUGGACCCUAACUUUGAGGGCCGAGUCCUUGUCAUUGCCAACCGCCUUCCAAUCACCAUCAAAGAUACUCAAGAUGGGAACUUCGAAUAUAACAUCUCAUCUGGAGGCCUCGUUUCAGGAUUGCGAAGUCUUGCAAAAGCGGUCGACUUCAAAUGGUUUGGUUGGCCAGGAAUCGACAUCCAUCGCAACGAUAAAGACAAAGUCCGCCGAGACCUCCAGGACAAGUUCAAUGCAUACCCUAUCUUCUUGAACGAGCAGAUGGCUCAAGCGCACUACAACGGGUUCUCAAAUUCGGUGCUGUGGCCACUUCUACAUCGAAUGCCUGAAAAAGUGCGUGCAGGAGACAAUUGGUCUGCGGCUUAUCAACAUGUCAAUGAGAUAUUUGCAGACAAUAUUGUGCCCAUGGUGGAGGAUGACGAUCUCAUCUGGGUCCAUGACUACCAUUUGCUUCUGCUCCCUGGCAUCCUUCGUGAACGGCUGUCUAAAAAGAAGAACAUCAAGAUUGGCUUUUUCUUACACACGCCAUUUCCUACGGACGAUUACUUCACCAUCUUACCACUCCGUGAAGAAAUCUGUCGCAGCCUGUUGCUUUGCGACGUGGUUGGCUUUCACACACAAGAGUACGCGGAUGACUUCUUGAACAGUGCUUCCCUUGUCCUUGAGGGCGUUUCAAGAUCGCCUGCAGACCUGCACUGGGGUGAUAGGAAGGUGAUUGUCCAUGGCUUCCCCAUUGGCAUUGAGCCUGAGAGCUUCCGACAACAAAUGAAAAGUGACCGUGUUAAAGGCGAGCUUACAAAACUAAAGCAUAGCUUUGAGGGCCGAAAGAUCAUCCUUGGAGUUGACCGCCUGGAUUAUAUUAAAGGCAUCCCGCAGAAAUUGAUGGCAUUUGACAGGUUUCUGACCGAACACCCGGAGUGGGUCAGCCAGGUAUGUCUCAUACAGCUGGCCAUCCCUACGAGGGCGGAAGUGGAUACCUACAAGGAACUACGAAAGGAGGUCGAGGCUCUGGUAGGCCAUAUCAAUGGAAAACACGGAACAUUCUCGAGCGCGCCGAUCCAUUAUAUUUACCGCUCGAUCGAGCCGGAGCUACUCUGUGCUUUGUAUGCUGCUGCCGACGUAUGCAUAAUCUCUUCAAUCCGGGACGGCCUCAAUAUGGUGAGCUAUGAGUAUAUCGCCUGUCAGAACAAAGACACCGCGGGGGUUUUGAUGAUGUCCUACUAUGCAGGCGCAGUCAAAACACUCCCGGCCACAGUAGUGGUGAAUCCCUGGGAUAGACCACGUUUUGCGAACACAAUCGAGGAUGCUCUGGAGAUGCCCAUAGAAGAACGAAGAAGACGAUUCAGCCAGAAUGUAGACGUCGUGGAACGCUGCACCAGUGUUCGCUGGGGUACUUCGUUCCUCAAUACUCUGUACAUAGGUCGCCUCCUCAAGCGAGACGAGCUACCGGACUUGACUCAACAGGUCAAGGAAACUGAUAAUCGCACCAUAAAAUCAACACACAUAUUACAGGAGAGAUCACGGAGCAGGGAAACGGAUCAGUGA